AACGUGAUCGCAAAGUCGUGGUUUUUUUGUUAUUGAUUUGAUCAGAACAGAUUAGAAGAUGGAUACAGAGACGAGAGGUUCAAUUAAUGUCGAAGGCUGUGAUGUUGUCGAGAAUGAGGAAGAAGUCAUUGACGACUCUGAAGAACGUGAAUUGGUCACCGAUUCCUGUGCCACAAAAGUACUGGAUCCGCAAGAGGAACCCACGGACCGAUAUCGCGUUGUGUAUUUUCUUUUUUAUCUAUUCGGCAUUUCUUCCCUCGUACCAUGGAACUUCUUAAUCACCGCCAAUGAUUAUUGGAUGUACAAGUUCCGUGACACAACACCGAAGAACCUCACUGUACUGGAAGUACAAAAGACGCAAUUUCAAGCGGAGUUUACCUCAUACCUGAAUGUAGCCACUGCCAUCCCUAACUUGAUAUUCCUCAUUCUCAAUUCUCUGUUUGGUCAUUUGGUGCCAAUGAAGAGCCGCCUGCAAGGCUCCCUGGUAGUGGUGUGCAUAUGUUUUCUGGUGACCACGUCUCUGGUGCAGGUAGACACCGACAACUGGCAGAAUGAGUUCUUCAUCGUCACCAUGGUCACUGUAGUUAUUAUGACUGCCGCCAGCGCAGUUUUCAUCGGUGGGUUAGUAGGAAUAGCGAGCAGAUUUUCCAAAGAAUACAUGGCAGCUGUUGUAAGCGGGCAAUCUCUCGGCGGAAUUAUCGCAGCUAUUGCGCAGAUCAUAUCUCUUGCCUUCAAAAUAUCGCCAUUACACAGCGCUCUUAUAUACUUCAUUAUAGCCGAUAUUAUGGUUGUCAGCUCGUUAAUAUCCUACGCUUUAUUAUACAAAAUCGACUUCUUUACAUACCACCUGCUAAGAGGUUGUGGAGGGAUUGCCAGUAAUCGUCAUCGAGAAGUAUCGAUGGUGUCAAUAUUGAAGAAGAUAUGGGUGUAUGCGAUUGCAAUUUUCGCUGUGUUCGCGAUAUCGAUGGCUGUGUACCCAGCUGUUACCGUGCUCGUCGAGUCUCAUCCUGUUACCAAGGGAACCGAUUGGAAUAAUAUUUACUUCGUACCAGUGGUGAACUAUCUAAUCUUUAACUGCGGGGAUUAUUCUGGACGAUUGGUUGCUGGAUUCUUGCAAAGGCCGAAUAACCAAUGGCUGAUAGCAUGCUCCAGCUUCCUCCGGGUAGUGGGCGUUCCAAUGCUGAUGCUGUGCAACGCGCAGCCUCGAAGCCAUCUGCCCGUGCUCUUCCUUUGGGACUGGGAGUACAUCAUCAUCAUGAUCGUCUUCGCCUUCACCAAUGGAUACUUGACUAAUAUUAUCAUGAUUAAUUCUACUAGGGUGGUGGAAAUGCACGAGCGAGAAAAGGCGUCAUCCGUAAUCGCGACAAUGCUGAGCGUCGGUCUGACGGUUGGCGCGGCUAUCGGCAUGCUACUCGUGCGACUGCUAUAAGACAAAGGCUUUAGUUUCAAUUUGGUUGGUUAAUAAUGACGUAGACUAAAAUCGUAUAUAUAUUGGUGACAUAUUUCUGAUUUAUGCGCAUCUCUUUAUGACAAUUGUGCAACACAAUAUUAACAAAGAAAGCAGUCACUUAAGGUGCCAUCGGUGCAAACCUGAAGACGGCAGACCGUACUUACCGA